AGAGAGCAGCGUAUAGCUCACAUCACCAGCGAUUACAAUCAGUAAAACGGAAAGAAAAUGAAUGAACCAGCUUUGGAGGACGUGAAGAGGUUGCGUGUUCAUGUGGAGGAGGUGAUCAAAGAAAAUAAGAAGCUCCAUAAGGAAAUCACAAAGAUCGGAGGGGUCAGCCAGAAGGACUGUCAUCAGAUACAACAGCAGGCCCUCCUGGUUCUGCAGGAGAACCAGGUUCUGCUGGAUCAGCUGGAGGCUCAGCACGUAAAGGCCAAGGCCAGCACCACCAGACACCAGGCUGAAG